AUGCCUCAUUUGCUCAUAGCCUCAUUAGAUUUCACCCACCAAACUAGCUUCAAAGAUGCAGCAAGUGCUUUUCUUGCUGAGCGACCCCUGAUCUGGGGAUGGGUAUCAACGUACUGGCAGGAUUUCACAAGCUGGCUUUCACAACCACACGUACUCGCAAUUCUCAUGGCCUGGUGGAUCACUUUCACGCUCGUAAUUACAAUUCUAAUGACUCUGGGUUUUGGUCCUGCAGGCGUCUUGUCAGGAUCUCUAGCAGCCGCCUUCCAGUCUUGGAUGUACGGAGGCUUUACUCCUGCAGCAGGAAUUUUCGCAACCCUCACAAGUGUUGGAAUGCUGGGUUUAGCCAUGCCGGUAUUUGCAGUUCCUGCUGCUCUAAUCGCUACACUUGUAUCAGUUAUAACCUGGCUUUGUGUCCGUGGAUGA